AUGAUUCUUUUUUCAACUUUUGCCCUUGCCGGGGUUGCCAUGGCUGCAGCUUCGCCGACCGGAGCAAACACUACAGAUCCCAGUGGCGCGCCUAGCGUUAUCGCAGCUACAGGAGCUUUUAUUCUUGAAUGCGAUAACAGCCAAAGUCUCGAUUCGCUCGUCAAGACUGUCCUAGACCAGGGCGUCGAGAUUCGCCACCAAUUCAACUCCAAGGUCUUCUACGGCCUGUCAGUGGAGCUGCACAACACCACCAUGACUGAGCAUGGGAUUGGACAAAUGCCCGGCGUCACAAAAGUGUGGCCGGUAGAAACAAGAAUGCAGCCUCCAGAGCUACCAGCUGUACCGGAAGCUGGCAAUCAGCGCCGUGACACCUCUUCAACGUGGAACCACGUCAUGACGCAGGUAGACAAGCUACAUGCAGCCGGAUAUACAGGACAAGGGAUAAGAAUUGCCGUCGUUGAUUCUGGCCUCAACUACACGCAUUCAGCCCUUGGCGGAUGCUUCGGCAAAGACUGCCGAGUUGUCCUAGGUGACAACUUCUCCAAGGACGGCAAGGACAAGGAUCCCAUGGACUGCUAUGGUCAUGGCACGACUGUAGCUGGUAUACUUGCCGGCAACGAUGCUAAUUACGUCGGCGUGGCACCCAAUGCGACACUAGCAGCGUAUAGGGUGCUUGACUGCAAGGGCUCCAUGGUAGAGGACGAUCUUGUGGCUGCCUGGAUCAAAGCAUAUGAAGACGGCCCACAAAUUAUCGUCUCUUCUCUUGGCUGGCCCGGUUCUAGCUGGGCCACGCGUCCAGCAGCGGCUGUCGUUUCGCGCAUCGUCGACAACGGCAUCCCAUGCAUCAUCGGUCUCGGCAACGACAAUGAAGCGAGCCUUUUCUCUGUGAUAAACCCUUCCAGCGGCAAGGGCGUGACAUCGGUCAACUCGUUUGCCCGGGCUCCGGGUGCCCUAGAUGGCCUCGUCAAGAAUGCCCCCAUGGCUCGCUUCUCAACAUACGGCCCGAACUGGGAUCUUGACAUCAAGCCCACGGUUGGCGCGCCCGGCGACGACGUUCCAGGUAUUAUCAACGGUGGCGGCUACGGGCCAGUUUCAGGAACGUCCUAUGCCGGUCCCCUUGUCGGUGGCAUUCUAGCUCUGAUAGCCGAAGUGCGGGGCUCUUUUGACCCGGUGUUCCUCAACAGCCUCCUUAUGUCCACGGCUGUGCCUCAGGGCGACCCUUACUCAGUUGCACAACAAGGUGGCGGUCUAGUCAGAGCCUGGGACGCCGCUCACGCCACGACACUCGUCGAGCCUGCCAGUCUCGCUUUCAAUGAUACCCUUCAUCGCGCCCAGUCUCUUAGUCUUCGCAUCACCAAUAAUGCUACGACCAAAAUGACCUAUCAUCUUGAUACUAUCGCCGCGGACACACUAUACAGCCUGGGAUUCUACUUGAAACUAUCACACAAUGAUCCUGUCAAGGAAACAGCCGUUAUCAAGCUCAGCCAGAGUAUUGUCGUCCUCGGACCAGGCGAAUCGGCUUCCGUGGACAUCUCGGCCACAGAUCCCAUAGGGCUUGAUUCUGACCGUCUACCAGUAUGGUCCGGUUGGAUCUCUAUCAACAGCUCUAGCAGCAUCAAUGGCUCCGACAGUGGUCUGUUGACGGUCCCGUAUCUAGGUCUGUCCGGCUCAUUAAAGGAUCACGCAGUUCUACCCUCAAACGGAGCAAAGCUUUCUGAACUUCCCGGUGCGCAUCAACAAGAACAUGAGUUCUAUGAUGGUGAGCCCUUGGAAUAUCACGUCAACGACGACGGCUCCUUAGGCCUUGGUGUACCGUUAUAUGUCGAGCCAGUCUUGGGAACUGCUCUUGUGCGAGUGGAGGUUGUCCCAGUAUCAUUACGUCAGUGGCUGGUUGAUCGUCUGCAAACCAAAAACAUCAAACUCGACGCCUUCAGUCUCGAGGCGCUUCCCCAUACUCAAGUGACACGCAAAACAUGGAAUGGCCGACUUUCAUCGGGUGACUAUAUCCCCAUGGGCAAAUACAAGCUCUCUGUGCGUGCCCUAAGGCUCUUUGGUGAUGCUGAAACAGAGUCUGACUGGGAUCUGUCAGAGACUGUAUCGUUUCAAGUCACAAAGGGGCCCGGUGAGAAGCCUUGCGAGAUCUAUGAAUCUGGCAAGACGAUUCCCAUCAAUGCUAUAUUUGACAGCCAUGAGGAAUGCGUUCAGGCGCAUGGCGACAUUAUGGUAGAUAAACCGUGGAUUUCUGCACCUGCUGACACUGGAAGCACCCAGUGCACUGAUGAAAAUCUCACGGAAAAGGCUUGCGGCACUCUCCGAUUCUGCAAAGCGCACGCUGAUGCAAAGCUUUCGCAAAAUCUCAAGUCGCCUUUCUUUGGGCCAAGACAUUGUGUCAGUAGCCACAAGCUGCUACCAGCUAUGCCCCUCGACGAUUCGAGGAUAACUGAGUGCCUGUCAACACAUGAGAAAAGCAUAUGCCAAUUCAGCGCAGCCGGAGUUUAA